GUGAGCAGUAUUGAAAACCUGCUGAAUCCGUGCAAGUGUCCCCAAGACAAGUUUUGCAAGUGCUGCCGGCCCAUGUUCACCAACUACCUCAAGCGCAACUAUCCGCAGGAUAUAGUAGAUGAAUCGACAAUAUCACUUGGCACCCAGCUCGUACACACGCCAAAGCACUCGUACACCCAUCAAACAGCUCAGGCUCCUCAGGCUCCCCAGGCUCCAUAGGAUACUUAGGGACCUCGAGCUUUUCGAACCCGAAUGUCCAUCAGGACCCACAGCAGCUUGCUGCAAGACCAAAGCGGAGCCAUAUGCACAGGCACAGUUAGAGGCAGAGUUACCGCCGGCACCGGCUGCUCUUGCGCAAUCAAGCUGCUGCCUCUCCGGGCCGAAACAAGUUAGUCUAAUAGAAAAGCCGAAUUGCGAUUGUGGGUGCGAUUGCAGAGCUAAACUCGAGCUACUCAUUCAGACCAUCGAGCAGCGCAUUGGGCAGCCGCUCAAUAUUGGAGGCGGCAGCGCGCCGUAUGAUGGCGUGGAUCCGUCGGAUUGGGUCGAGAGCAUCCUGAUGCCGUUCCCCUCGGUAUUGUCCUCGGACACGCAGUCGAUAAGUGACUCGGUCACAAGCAAUGGCAACAGCUCGACGCGCGCGUCAACCCUUAUCGAAGACUUGCAGUGCCAGCAGCCAUUACUCAACGAGACUGUGUCUGUGUUUGCUGCGGGCGUUGACCUGCCGGUUGUGUCGACCGGCGGAUGCUGCGGGUCGACAGCUCCCAGAGUGCAAAUAGUCGAUGAUUCUGCGAAGAGCCCGGCAGCAGCAGGUGGCUCGUCAUGCUGUGCAUCAUUGAAUCCGCCUGCCAAGAGCAUGCUGCCUCCUUCCUCGUCUUCGUCGGUAUCAGUAUCAUCGUGCUGCGCGCCUUCCUCCGUGCCUGAGCCAAGCUCUGUAAAGCAAGCCCCGCCACAGACCAAAUCCUGCUGCGCGCCAAAUCCCACCAGCAGCGCUAUGCCAUCGUCGUGUUGUGGUGGUAACGACGGCAGCACUGGUGGGCCGUGCCAGUGCAGCUGUAGGAAACGCAAGCGGCCGGAGGCAUGGCAGCCAGGUGACCCAGAUAACCCCGAGGUCGACGCUGACGGUGCGUUGGCGUGCAGUUGCGGGUGCCAGAAGCCAUUCGAGGAAUGUAUGGACUGUUUCGAGGACCUGUGCGAGGAUGUGCUGUUGAGGUCAAAGUUUUAGCACACUUUUCCCUUUUCAUUUAUUUUUAAAGCGCUUGGAUUGGCUUUUCCCUCCGCCAAUUUUUUUUGUGUUCCUUAAUUUUUACAGCAAGCGAUUUGGCCAACGCAUACACCUCAGAUAAAUCUUGAUAUUAUCUCACCACAUCAAACAUAAGGAAACC